CUCUCCGCCCGUUCUUCGCUCUCACAACAGGAAAGUGGUCAAAGGCGGUUAGUGGUAGCUCUCCCGCGUUAAAAUGGCAGUGUAAAGGCGCGCGGCGGCGAUCCUUGCAGCGGCAACAACCCGGCAGUGCAACGGCUAAGUGCACUGGCUAUUUCUGGCAAAAUGGCGUCUCUCUCGGCAACCACCCUCAGCUUUGCUGCCGUCGACAGCAGUACCAAACCCCUCGACUUGUUAACGUCAUCGGACUCGCCUUUGUUUUUAUUCAGUCUUUUGCGGCUACCACUGACCAGCAGCAGCCAUGACACUUUCCCAGCUGGCCUUGGAGGACGUGGAGGCCCUGUACUUAGGGCCCUCGUAUCUGAUGGCUGACCCCAUGGGGCCCCUUCUGGACCAAGAUGAAGAAGAAGCUCUUUCUCCCUCCUCUUCUCUAGAGGGGAAGGCGCCAGCUUCGCCACCCCCCUCUUUCUCUUCCUAUGCAUCCUCCCUGUCUCCCUACCAGAUCGUGUCGUCCUCCCCACCUCCCUCUCCUCCUUCUCCCACCCAUCUCCCCUUAUUCCUGGGAAACAAGGCGAGAGCGGACUCACUGUCCCUCCCCUGGCUCGGUGCCAGCGACCUGCUCGAUGCCCACGUUGGAGCAGACGAUGGUAAAGCAGAUGAUGCCUUCUCAGGUAUGGAUUGGAUGUCAGAGAAAAUUGACCUGAGUGAAUUGGACCUGGAUUCUCUCAUUGGCUCCUGCUCAUCCGAUGAUUCUCCCAGCUCCCCUGAGGAUUUCCUGGCUUCGCUCGACUCCCACAUGGAUCUGGAUCUCGACUCCUUCGACACAACCAUCCCCACCUCGCACAACAGCCUCGACCUGGGUUUGUCACUGCCCAGUAUCCCCUCCCUCCCUCUGGAGCUCCCAGCUGAGGCUGAGAAGACAGAGAUGGCUCCUGACCAGGAGGUUGCUAUGAAGUCUGAGCCUCCCUCCCCAGCUCCCUCUCUGUCUCCACCCUCUCCAGCCGACACAUUGGAGCUAGGAAGCGAAGUGGAUGUGCUCGAUGCAGAGAAAGUGGCUCCAUCUUCUACUGCUAGCACCAUCCCUGAUCCCAGUCGAAGCAUUCAGACCACAAGCCCAAUUGUGUUGUCUCUUGCCCCCCUUGUGUUCCUGGUCACCAACAAAGAUGAGUCUUCCCUUGUAUCUCACCCGGACCAGCCCAUUAAAUCCUCUUCUCCAUCAAGGGACCGUGACGAUGACUCCGGAAUCGAGUCACUUGUUGGCUCACCGUCUCGCCUCCCCUCACCUCCUCCCGCCCCCUCCCCUACAGCUGAUUCCUCCAGGACCAAACCCUACUCCAAACCGGAACCCACCACCGCUUCCCCCUCAGCAAAGGUCUCAAGGGUAAAAUCAGCGUCUGGUGCUCCCAAGGUGGUGGAGAAGAAACUGAAGAAGAUGGAGCAGAACAAGACGGCAGCCACUCGCUACCGGCAGAAGAAGAGAGUUGAGCAGGAGAAGCUGAACACGGAGUGUGAAGAGCUGGAGAAGAGGAACCAUGAGUUGACAGAGAAGGCGGAGUCCAUUAGCCGAGAGAUUCAGUAUCUCAAGGAUCUGAUGGAGGAAGUUCGUAAGCACCGCCGCGGCAAGGCCAGCUCUGUGGCUUAACUACCAGAAUGUUCAUGUGGUUCAGUCUGGCUGUUGCAGAGUAGCGAUGGGGUCGAUUUCCUACUCUAAGGCUCACAUGCCAUAACAAAGAAAUCCAGUUUAGUAUUAGAAGUACAUGUUUUAAGAGAUUAAAGAAAAAAUGGCAUGUGAGGGUGGAUGUAUGAAACUCACCACUGAACAGAGAAAAGGGAAUAGCUGAAUGAGAAGUGAAUAGCCUCUGGAAGUCGAUGAGAUUAGUAGUGUAGCGCAGGGGGCUGGGAGGUAGUCAGGUGAAGCAUCUGUACAUGCUUGUCUCUCAGUCCCCUGUUGGAUCCCCAUGUGUACUCCCUGUCUCACUAGCAGUACUUGUUCAAGCAGGCAGGGUGUAUAUUUGUCUUUGUAGAUUAGGCAUGCGAAACAUGAGUCACCAUAGAUCCGUGUAGUGUAGACUUGUAACCCAUUAACUAAAUAUCCCCUCACACUCCAAGCAUCAGUUGAUAGCCAGACCCCAACUCAACUUCAGGAAAGUAACUCCUGUGUCAGCAAAGUGAUACCACGAUACCACCUCUACCUUGUUACCCACUCCUUUUUAACCCAGUAUCAACCCAUUUCAACCUUCCUCUUAACAGCUUCAAGUCCAGAAAGGGGCCUCAGCAUAUUCAUGAAUUCUUGAUGUUACACUGUCAGCAUUUUUUUUUGUGUAUAUAGUUUUCUUCUCCUUUGCUUGCCUAUUGUGGCUUUUGUUAUUUAAUACAGGAUAAAACGUGAUCAUGUCUCCAAUAGCACAGUUGUAGUGCAGGUGUUUGGCUUGUAAAAAUGCUUUGCUCUUCUUUUUUCUAAUAAAUAUCUAUCAGUACUCAAAAGUGA